UACUUCUUCACUCUAGAGAUCGCGCAUGGUGUCUCCAUGCUUCCAACCAUUGCCGCCGCUGGAGACUGGCUGCUCAUCAGCAAGUACUACCGGCGCGGUAGGGGCGUGGAAGUGGGCGAUGUCAUCAGCUUCAAGCACCCCAUCUACGUGGGAGAGUACGCUACGAAAAGGCUAAUUGGCUUGGAGGGUGACUUCGUCCUGGCGGAGACGCCUGGCAGGGAAGGACCAGGGAGAAUGUUACAGAUACCUGCCGGACACUGCUGGGUCGUAGGCGACAACGUCACCUGGUCCCGCGACUCACGGAUGUUUGGUGCCCUGCCUAUGGCUUUGAUCACCGGCAAGAUUCUGGGCAAGGUCUCUUUCUCACAGCGCUGGAAACCGAUCCGAAAUGCCCUGCAACCUGCGGUUGAUGACGAU